GCCCUUCUUUGACGGCAAACUCCGCCUCAGGGCAAAAGCUUUGCCCCUUUCGCCCUUCUCUCUCUCUCUCUCUCUCUCUCCCUCUCUCCCCUUCGCUUGCCUUGGAUCUUUGCGGUCAGGGGGAACUUUGUGUGUAUUUGAUGGAUGAUGACUGUUCCGAUGGAUAGGUCGUCUGCUCCCUCAUCUCGGGAGCUUGCGCAACGACUUCUUGAAAAGAACAUUGAACUGGAAAAUGGACUGCGAAGGUCGGCAAAGUCAAAACUUCCUUCAGACCCUAAUGCUUGGCUUCAGAUGCGUGAGAAUUAUGAGACUAUGAUUCUUGAAGAUCAUGAUUUUUCUGAAAAGCAUGAUAUAGAGUUUGUCCUUUGGCAACUGCACUAUAGAAGAAUCGAGGAGUUCAGGCAGCACAUUAAUGCUGCAGUGUCGGCCGGAUCAAAUGCAUCAUCUGGUGGGAAAGUUCUCGUCAGGCCUGAUAAAAUCAAGAAACUCCGUUCUGUCUUUAGAAGCUUCCUGACAGAAGCUACUGGAUUUUACCAUGACCUGAUAUUGAAGAUCAGGGCAAAAUAUGGCCUGCCUUUGAGCUACUUCAAUGAGGGCAUUGAGACUGAAAUUGUUUUGACGAAAGAUGAAAAGAAAUCUGCUGACAUGAAAAAAGGGCUUAUGUCUUGUCACCGUUGUCUGAUAUAUUUGGGAGACCUUGCUCGUUACAAAGGACUUUAUGGAGAGGUUGACUCCGUUAGUUGUGAUUAUGCAGCUGCUUCAAGUUACUACAUGCAGGCAUCUUCUCUUUGUCCUUUCAGUGGCAAUCCACAUCAUCAGCUAGCAAUACUUGCUUCCUACUCGGGAGAUGACUUGUUGGCAGUCUACCGGUACUUUAGAAGUUUGGCAGUGGAAAUCCCCUUUUCAACAGCAAGAGAUAACUUGAUCAUUGCUUUUGAGAAGAAUCGACAAAGUUACUCUCUGCUGCCUAGUAAUACGAAAACUGCCUCAGGCAGAAGAUUGCCUGCACGUUCAGCUGGGAGAGGUAGAGGAAGAAGUGAUACAAAACUCCUUCCCAAAGACAGUAAGAUUGAAACUACUUCCACCAAAGACGAAGAGUUGACCAUGUCACAAGUAUUUAAAGCCUUUGCCACUCGUUUUGUUCGUCUUCAUGGAAUCCUUUUCACACGGACAAGCUUAGAAACUUUUGGAGAAGUAUUUUCUUCAGUGAUUAAAGAUCUGAAUGUGCUUCUUUCUUCUGGUCCCGAAGACGUGCUUAAUUUUGGUCCAGCUACUACGGAAAAUGCGUUGACCAUUUUGAGGCUUGUUGCAAUUCUGAUAUUCACUGUACACAAUGUUGAAAGGGAGUCUGAAAACCAGACAUUGCAGCGUACCGUGUUGCUACAGCAUGCAUUUACUUCUGCUUUUGAGUUCGUUGGAUACAUCCUCAAGAGAUGCAUAGCACUGCAUGAUGCUGCAUCGAGCUGCCUCUUGCCGGCUAUUCUGAUUUUCAUUGAGUGGCUGGCAUCUCAUCCAGAUGUAGCAACCAGUUUUGAUGUGGAGGAAAAACAAGCGGGAGCAAGAUCAUUCUUCUGGACUCAAUUUGUUCCAUUUAUGAACAAACUUAUCGAGACACGACUUGCGUCUGUCGAUGGUGAAGGGAAUGAAACCUGCUUUUUAAACAUGAGUAGUUAUGAUGAAGGAGAAACUGGGAAUAGGCUUGCACUAUGGGAGGAUUUUGAGUUGAGAGGAUUUGUACCCUUAGUGCCAGCACAACUCAUUUUGGAUUUUUCGAAGAAGCAUGCCUACAUGAAUGACGGAGGCAGGAAGGACAAAGUAUCACGUGUCGAAAGGAUUCUGGCAGCUGGACGGGCCCUUACUAAUAUUGUCUCAGUUGAUCAGCAGAGAAUAUAUAUUGACCCAAGCCUGAAGAAAUUUGUAAUAGGUACAGAGCCUCCAGUGUUUGAAGGGCCAAUGGACUCUACCUUUUUAUAUCCGUUGGAUUCGGCAGUAGUGAAACAGGAAAUUCAAUUUGAGAAUGUAUCCGGGGCAGCACUACAAACAUCUAAUCUUGGAGUGUCACAAACCAAUGCAGAAUUAUAUAUGGGAGGAGAAGAAGAGGAGGAAGAAAUUGUCUUUAAGCCUACAACUGCUGAAAAGUAUCCUGAUAUAUCUGCUUCACCGAUGACUGCUUGUGACUCUGUCAACCCUGGACAAGCAUCUUCUGCAACCGAUUGGAUGACACAUGCUCGGCAUUUUUCUGCAGAUUUUGAUGGUGUUCAGAUGUCAGCAGUAUCAAAUGUGAGUUCGAAACUGCAUCCAUCUACCAGUAAUGUCUCACAGCUACCUUUGCAAUUUGUAAAUUCAGACACCACCAGAUGGUUCUUGUCUGAUGAACUGAAAAAUAUGAACAUAACAGAAAAUGGUUACUUGAAUAAGCAGAUGUUGCAAGAAGGCUCAAGUAACUUGCAGCCUAGUUCAUUAUCACCUCUAUUUUCUUCUGCUGUUAGUUUGGGCACCAACAGUGCACUUUCUGGUCAGAUCAAAGCUGCAGAAGUAGUGUUUCCAUCUACACUUGAUACUAUAUUGCCUUCAGACGCAACAGCUGAUGGCAUGGCUAUGAAGCUCUCUUCAGCCUUGCCACCACCGAGGAAAAAUCCUGUUGGUCGGCCCUUUAGGCACUUUGGGCCACCUCCCGGAUUUAGCCAUAUUGCUCCGAAACAGGAUGGAACAAAUCCUAAUUCUGGUGCAAAGGAACAGCUGCCUGAGAUCGAUGAUUACAGCUGGCUAGAUGGUUGUCGAUCAUCAUCAUCCAAAGUCAUGGGAAUAGAAAACUCCUUUGAUCAAAUUACAUAUAGGCUUCCGUAUGUUAGUACAGCCAGUUCUACUGCCUUUACCAGUGUUUCCAGCUUCCCAUUUCCUGGGAAACAAGUUUCUAAUGUGCAGACCCAAGUGGUUGAUGAGCAAAAAUGGCAUGAUUUCCAGCUUUUUGAGCAACUGAAAGCGUAUAAUGGGCAGAAGCUUCAGCAAUCAAAUCCACAGCACACUCUGCCACCUGAAAAUUGUCAUGCACAAUCUCUUUGGUCUGGUUCAUACUUCGUGUGAAACUUUAUGAAGAUGGUUACUGGUAACAAAAUUCUUAUCGCAAUGGAUGACGAUCUUUCACAAUGAGUGGCCUGCAGCCUGGGGACUAUUGACUUCAUCCCACCUUUGCAGAAUUUAACUUCGUCGAGUUUAUGUUUGAACAUGGUCACGGGAGCGGUGCAGGUUCUUGGCCCUUGAAUUUGAAUGCAUCGACGCCACCAGGCUGAAGGUCGAGAAAUCAAUUGUGGUUGAUUAUGUGGAAAAAAUCUCAAGCAAGAUCAGUACAUGACUGUUGAAGAAGUUAACAGCUAGUGACGUCUUCAUGGAUUUUGUUCCUUGGGAAACCUGAGUCGAGCUGUAGAAGUUGCCUUCCAUCUUAGGCCUAUCUGUUGUUACUCAUCCAUCCCCAAGAUAUUGGUCGCAGAAAUGGAGUGAGUCUCUAAGAGUGGAGUCUGCUUGGUGAUGGUACUUCAUUCAGGAUAGGGAGGAGAAUCCAGUCCUUUUUGUGGUCGCUUUGAGGAAGCUUUUUUGCGUAAACUGUUUUUAAUUACGGUGUGGUUUGCUUGUUACCAAAAUUUGGAAGACUUGGAACCUUCCAACUGUUACAUCAUCCUUGUUAAAUAUUGUGGAAUAACUUGUAUGGAUGUUCGUGGCUUGCGAGUGAGUUAA